AUGUCUCACGAAAUCGUCCCCGUAGAUCCCAUCGAUGUUCCAAGCACCAGCUACUCAAGACCGGUUCUGGGUCGGGAAGAUUCUCCGGAACGCCGGUUCACGAGAUCCCUCACUUUCCGGGAACACGUAUCGGAGCCAUUUGACAGUGAGAGGCUUCCGGCGACAUUAGCUUCGGAGAUUCAGAGGUUUCUUCGUAUUGCUAACUUGGUUGAGUCUGAAGAACCUCGUAUUGCUUAUCUAUGCCGUUUUCAUGCUUUCGAGAUAGCUCACCAUUUGGACAGAAACUCAACGGGAAGAGGUGUACGGCAGUUCAAAACUUCUCUUCUUCAAAGGCUUGAACAGGAUGAAGAGUUUACUGUGAGAAGAAGGAAAGAGAAGAGUGAUGUUCGGGAACUCAAACGUGUUUAUCAUGCUUACAAGGAAUACAUUAUUAGACAUGGUGCAGCAUUCAAUUUGUAUCCUAGUCAGCGAGAGAAGUUGAUUAACGCACGCAGAAUUGCUUCUGUUUUGUAUGAAGUUCUAAAGACAGUCACAAGUGGCGCUGGUCCGCAGGCCAUUGCGGAUAGAGAUAGUAUUCGGGCUAAAUCUGAAUUCUAUGUCCCGUAUAACAUUCUUCCUCUUGACAGAGGAGGGGUACACCAAGCGAUUAUGCAUCUGCCUGAGAUUAAAGCUGCUAUUGCAAUUGUACGUAACACUCGUGGAUUGCCUCCUCCAGAGGAGUUUCAGAGACACCAGCCUUUUGUUGAUUUAUUUGAAUUUCUGCAGUAUGCAUUUGGAUUCCAGAAUGGAAAUGUUGCCAAUCAGAGAGAGCAUAUGAUUCUACUACUCAGUAACACCAUUAUACGGCAACCUCAGAAACAGUCUUCAGCACCGAAGUCUGGUGAUGAGGCAGUAGAUGCAUUGAUGAAGAAGUUUUUCAAGAACUACACAAACUGGUGCAAGUUUCUUGGGAGAAAAAAUAACAUAAGGUUGCCGUAUGUGAAACAGGAAGCCCUACAAUAUAAAACAUUGUACAUAGGACUCUACCUUCUCAUAUGGGGAGAAGCUUCUAAUUUGAGAUUCAUGCCAGAAUGCUUGUGUUAUAUUUUCCACCAAAUGGCUUAUGAAUUACAUGGAGUUUUAACCAGUGACGUUAGUAUGAUAACUGGGGAGAAGGUCGAGCCAGCAUAUGGUGGAGGACAUGAAUCUUUCCUUGAGAAUGUAGUUACCCCGAUAUACAGGGUUAUCGAAAAGGAAGCUGAGAAGAACAAGAAUGGAACUGCUGAUCAUUCUACUUGGAGAAACUACGAUGAUCUGAACGAAUUCUUCUGGUCUCUUGAAUGCUUCGAAAUAGGUUGGCCAAUGUGUCUGGACCACGAUUUCUUCUGUGUUGAAUCGUCAGAUACCCGUAAACCAGGGAGAUGGCGAGGAAUGUUUAGAUUCCGCAAGCAGACAAAGAAAACGGAUGAAGAAAUGGAGGAUGACGAAGAAUUUGGGGAACUCACUGAGGAACAAAUAAAAUCAUCCCCAAGAUGGCUCGGGAAGACAAAUUUUGUAGAGACUCGUUCCUUCUGGCAGAUAUUCCGGAGCUUUGACAGAAUGUGGACUUUCUUUGUUUUGUCACUACAGGUAUUGAUAAUUAUGGCUUGUCAUGAUGUGGGAUCUCCACUCGAGAUGUUUAACGCCAAUAUAUUUGAAGACGUCAUGAGCAUUUUCAUUACCUCUGCAAUUAUAAAGCUUAUAAAAGGUAUUCUUGACAUAAUCUUCAAGUGGAAAGCCAGAAACACAAUGCCGAUCAAUGAAAAGAAGAAGCAGAUGGUGAAAUUGGGUUUUGCUGCGAUGUGGACGAUUAUUCUACCAGUGUUGUACUCUCAUUCAAGAAGGAAAUACAUUUGUUAUUUCACAAAUUACAAAACUUGGCUUGGUGAAUUUUGUUUCUCUCCGUAUAUGGUGGGAGUCACGAUAUACCUGACAGGAAGUGCGAUUGAGUUGGUCUUGUUUUUCGUUCCUGCCAUCAGCAAAUACAUUGAGACUUCCAAUCAUUGCAUUUUCAAAACAUUGUCUUGGUGGGGAGAGCCUAGGUUAUACGUUGGGCGAGGAAUGCAAGAAACUCAGCUAUCACAACUCAAAUACACCUUCUUCUGGUUUCUGGUUCUCUUGACCAAGUUUGCUUUCAGCUAUGCAUUUGAGAUAAAGCCUCUAAUAGAACCUACACGAUUGAUAAUGAAAGUUGGUGUGCGGAAUUAUGAAUGGCAUGAACUCUUCCCAGAAGUGAAGAGUAAUGCGGCUGCAAUUGUUGCAGUAUGGGCGCCGAUAAUGGUGGUCUAUUUCAUGGAUACACAAAUAUGGUAUUCAGUUUUUUGUACCAUCUUUGGCGGGCUGUAUGGAGUUCUGCAUCACCUUGGUGAGAUUCGAACUUUGGGCAUGUUGAGAGGCCGGUUUCAUACUCUACCUUCUGCUUUCAAUGCAUCCCUUAUUCCACACUCAACUAAAGAUGAGAAAAGGAGAAAACAAAGAGGCUUUUUCCCAUUCAAUUUAGGCAGGGGGUCUGAUGGCCAGAAAAAUAGUAUGGCCAAGUUUGUCUUGGUCUGGAACCAAGUCAUUAACAGUUUCAGAGCAGAAGAUCUGAUUAGUAACAAGGAACUCGAUCUGAUGACAAUGCCGAUGUCUUCGGAGGUAUUAUCAGGGAUCAUCCGUUGGCCCAUUUUCCUCCUUGCAAAUAAGUUUUCAACAGCUCUGAGCAUUGCAAAAGAUUUUGUCGGGAAGGAUGAGGUUCUUUAUCGAAGGAUUCAGAAAGAUGAGUACAUGUACUAUGCAGUAAAAGAAUGCUAUGAGUCAUUGAAGUACAUUCUUCAGAUUCUUGUUGUUGGUGAUCUCGAGAAAAGGGUUAUAUCUGGCAUUAUAAAUGAGAUAGAGGAAAGCAUUAGACAGUCAAGUUUGCUUGAAGAAUUUAAGAUGAAAGAGCUCCCAGCGUUGCAUGGAAAAUGUAUUGAGCUGGUUCAACUUCUGGUUGAAGGAAGUGAAGAGCAUCUCCAGACUGAGAAAAUCGAAGAGCAGCACAGUAAACUUGUAAAGGCUCUUCAGGAUAUCUUUGAGCUAGUAACAAAUGAUAUGAUGGUACAUGGUGACAGAAUUCUGGAUUUGCUCGAGUCUCGGGAGGGUUCAGAAGAGAACACUGAAUUUUUUAUGAGGGUUAUAGAACCACAGUUGUUUGAAUCAUACGGAGAAAGGAGAUGCAUUCAUUUUCCGCUUCCAGAUAGUGCUUCAUUGAGUGAACAGAUCCAACGUUUUCUGUUAUUGUUAACUGUCAGAGAUAGUGCCAUGGACAUACCAGAGAACUUAGAUGCUCGACGACGUAUAUCUUUCUUUGCUACUUCUCUUUUCAUGGAUAUGCCCGACGCUCCUAAAGUACGCAAUAUGAUGUCAUUCAGUGUUUUGACACCACAUUUUCAGGAGGAUAUUAACUUUUCAACGAAGGAAUUACAUUCCACCAAGUCUAGUGUGUCAAUCAUUUUUUAUAUGCAGAAGAUUUUUCCAGAUGAAUGGAAAAACUUUCUGGAGCGAAUGGGAUGUGAGAAUUUGGAUGCAUUAAAGAGAGAAGGUAAAGAAGAAGAGCUUCGAAACUGGGCAUCAUUUCGUGGACAAACAUUGAGUAGAACAGUCCGUGGUAUGAUGUAUUGCCGAGAAGCUCUGAAAUUGCAAGCUUUCCUUGACAUGGCAGAUGAUGAGGAUAUUCUUGAAGGAUAUGACGAUGUAGAACGAAGUAACCGACCUUUAGCUGCACAACUUGAUGCAUUAGCAGAUAUGAAAUUCACAUAUCUUGUGUCUUGCCAAAUGUUUGGAGCACAAAAAUCAGCUGGGGAUCCCCACGCGCAAGACAUACUCGACCUGAUGAUAAAGUACCCAUCUCUCCGUGUUGCAUACGUUGAGGAGAGGGAAGAAAUAGUGUCGGAUGUUCCAAAGAAGGUUUAUUACUCUAUACUGGUAAAAGCUGUCAACGGUUUUGAUCAGGAAAUAUACCGUAUCAAACUUCCUGGACCACCUAAUAUCGGAGAGGGGAAGCCUGAGAAUCAAAACCACGCCAUAGUGUUUACUCGAGGUGAAGCACUUCAAACAAUUGACAUGAACCAAGAUAACUAUCUGGAAGAGGCUUUCAAAAUGAGAAAUCUCCUUCAAGAAUUUCUUCGAAAUCGUGGAAGAAGACCUCCAACAAUUCUUGGGUUAAGGGAACACAUCUUCACCGGAAGUGUUUCUUCUCUAGCAUGGUUCAUGUCAUAUCAAGAAACCAGUUUUGUCACAAUCGGUCAGAGGCUUCUUGCUAAUCCUCUCAGAGUCCGGUUUCACUAUGGACAUCCAGAUGUCUUUGACAGAAUAUUUCACAUAACAAGGGGUGGUAUCAGUAAAGCAUCAAGAACUAUUAACUUAAGCGAGGAUGUUUUCGCCGGUUAUAAUACCACCUUACGACGUGGAUGCAUAACUUACAAUGAGUACCUUCAAGUUGGAAAAGGUCGUGAUGUUGGUCUCAAUCAGAUCUCAAAGUUUGAGGCCAAGGUGGCUAAUGGUAACAGCGAGCAGACUAUUAGCCGUGACAUAUACCGUUUAGGACAACGGUUUGAUUUCUUCAGAAUGCUAUCUUGUUAUUUCACAACCAUUGGAUUCUACUUCAGUAGCUUGAUUUCGGUAAUCGGGAUAUAUAUUUAUCUCUAUGGUCAACUCUACCUUGUCCUCAGUGGGUUACAGAAGACACUUAUUCUUGAAGCCAAGUUGAAGAACAUAAAAUCAUUGGAAACAGCUCUUGCUUCUCAAUCAUUUAUCCAGCUAGGUCUCUUGACUGGUUUACCAAUGGUGAUGGAGAUUGGAUUGGAGAAAGGAUUUCUUAUAGCCUUUCAAGAUUUCAUACUCAUGCAGCUCCAGCUUGCUGCAUUCUUCUUCACUUUCUCUCUAGGAACCAAAACGCAUUACUUUGGCAGAACAAUUCUCCAUGGGGGCGCCAAAUACAGACCCACAGGGCGUAAAGUGGUGGUGUUCCACGCCAACUUCAGUGAAAAUUACAGAUUAUAUUCGAGAAGCCAUUUCAUCAAAGGGUUUGAGAUCAUCAUUCUUCUGGUUGUCUACGAGUUGUUCAAGCAUACCUCUCAAAGCAACAUGGCUUACUCAUUCAUCACUUUCUCAGUGUGGUUCAUGUCCCUGACUUGGUUAUGCGCCCCGUUUCUCUUCAACCCUUCAGGGUUUACCUGGGAAAUAAUAGUAGGUGAUUGGAGAGAUUGGAACAGAUGGAUCAAAGAGCAAGGUGGGAUUGGGAUUCAGCAAGACAAAAGCUGGCAAUCUUGGUGGAACGACGAGCAAGCCCAUCUCCGUGGCUCUGGUGUUGGAGCUCGCUGUUUGGAAAUAAUUCUGUCUCUCAGGUUCUUUGUGUAUCAGUAUGGUUUGGUCUAUCACCUUGACAUUACUCAAAGCAACACGAAUCUCAUAGUCUACGCGCUUUCUUGGGUUGUGAUUCUCGCUACAUUCCUCACAGUCAAGGCUGUAGACCUAGGGAGGCAACUCUUCAGCACAAGGAAACAUCUUGUGUUUCGGUUCUUCAAAGUCUUCGUCUUCGUGAGCAUUCUAACAGUCAUUAUCACACUAUCAAACAUAUGUCACCUCUCUAUCAAGGACCUUAUAGUCUCUUGCUUAGCUUUCUUGCCUACCGGUUGGGGUCUGAUUCUGAUUGCACAAGCUGUUAGGCCAAAGAUAGAAGGGACAAGCUUGUGGGAGUUCACACAAGUUCUUGCUCGAGCUUAUGAUUAUGGAAUGGGAGUUGUUCUGUUUGCACCAAUGGCUAUCUUAGCAUGGCUUCCUAUCAUUUCCGCGUUUCAAACUCGGUUUCUCUUUAACGAAGCUUUUAACAGAAGGCUUCAAAUUCAACCUAUUCUUGCUGGGAAGAAGAAGAAAUAG